AUGUUUGGAGUUGGUAAAAAUGGUGGAAGAAGGCAUUUCAUUUCCAUGUAUUGCUUCAAACUUGAACUCUCUUUUUCCUCCACAACUACACCCAAUUUAAUGCCAGAAUUUUUAGUGAAUUCACUUGGCUUCUCCACAGAGAAAGCCAUUUCUGCUAGCUCCAAGGUAACUUGCUUGAAACCCGGAAACAAUAAGCCUAAUUUAGUUCUCAAUUUCUUCAAACAAAUCGGUUUAGACAACACCCAGAUAAAAAUCUUGGUUUAUCCGGCACCCACAUUGUUGUUUGCUGAUGUGGGGAAAACCCUUGAACCCAAAGUUAGGGUUCUUCAAGAAUUUGGUUUAUCUGGGUUGGAUUUAGUUAGGGUUAUUUCAAAAAGUGGACCUUUUCUUAGAACAGGUCUCGAUACUAGGAUUAGACCUAGUCUUGAAUAUCUUAGGAAGUUAUUGGGUAAAGAUGAGACUGUAGCUAAAGUUCUUAAGAGAUCUCCUGCAUUGCUUCAUUAUCGUCUCGAUAGAGUAAUGGCACGUAAUAUAUUGUUUUUUCUAAAUCAUGGUUGUUCCAGUUUGGACCUUGAAAAGCUUAUUCUUAGGAAUCCGAUAAUUUUUGUUCAAAAGCUUGAGUGGCUUGAGGAUAUAGUCCAAAGAGUGGAGAAGGAGUUUUGCAUUUGUAGGGAUUCACGGAUGUUUUAUUAUGGAGUGGAAAUGCUUUCCUCGCUUAGUAAGUCGAGUUUAGAAAUGAAACUUGGAAUUUUCAGGAGUUUUGGUUGGUCUGAUUCUGAUAUUAUUACAAUGGUGCAAAGGCUUCCUUUAUGUUUGACUACAUCUGAGGUUAAGCUCAGAAAUGUAUUGAAGUUUUUCAUGGAGGAGCUUGGGUAUGAAUCUAGUUACAUAGCGAGGCAUCCCACACUUAUAAUGUUCAGUUUGGAGAAGCGGGUCUUGCCCAGGAUUAAAAUCUGGGAACUUCUACAGGAGAAACAAGUGAUAAAGAAAGUGCCAUGUUUUUAUACAGUUAUCAAGUGUUCUGAGCGGGAGUUUUUAGAAAAUUAUGUACUUCCCGUAAGGGACGAGAUCCCUGAGGUAUAUGAGUUAUACAUCAAAAGCAGAAACUAAGAUAGAGUGAGCUUAUUGUUUUCUCUCAUACAUAGAUUUCUUGGUUUACAAACAGUAUCCACUGAAUGUUUUCCAAGCUAACGGUGAGACCAUUACUGUUUUUAGUUUUGAUUGUAUUUCUGGCAGCUAUUGUGCCAACAUUUUACAUUCAUUUUUGAAACUGGUAAUUGAGGACAUUAUCUUUCCGAAAUUGUGUCAUCUUUUUUUGGUUUGAAAACAGAAAAAGUGAUUAUUCUUUUGAUGUUUGGAACAUCAAUGAUGUGAUUGCAUGUCUUAACGAGGGCGAUUCUUGUUUAUUACUGAUAAUGAGGUAUGAUUGCUCCUUAAGACACUGAUACAUGAACCGGUGAAGUUGAUCAAAUACUCCGUGUUAGAUUGAAUCUUGAGAUAAAUUCUCUCUUUAUUUAUAGGGAAAAAAGGGGGAGAAAAGCUUGGAUAUCUAGAUGCUUGAUUUAGCGCAGCCGUGUCACUUUGCCCUGCAUUUCACAAUUUUUAAGUACACUCUAAUGUUUGGCACCUGCUUGUCACGGAUCUGAUGUAAUAAGAGAGAGAACCACAAUCACAAAAGGACAUAACGGAUGCAAGUCACCUUAAAUUGGGUUAACCCGUGGUACCUGAGGGAGAGAGAAGAAAAAAUGAGAGCAGUUACAUUAAGCUACAACAGUGUCAACAAUAUGAGAUUUAUUUUCUUCCUUAUUGUGACAGCACUUGUUUCCAAAAUCUUAACUUCCUCAGAGUCUUUCAUGAACCUGGAGAGCAUCUACUAUGUUGAGAAAACGGCACGUAAUUUCUUUCAACCUUCUGUAUUUUUCUUGGUUAAAUACCAUUGCAUAAACUGACAUUGCAUUUAUUUCAGUGUCUGCUUCUCCUAUUGUUUACUUAAAUAGCUAUCUUGCGCCUAUGUUAGAUUCUGCAUAAUCCAUAUCAGCCAAGUUCCAUCUCAUAAUUUCCCUUGUUUCAUUAUAGUGAAUUUUUAUCAUUAUAUUCCCUCUGGAUGCAGUUGACGUUUGUGUUGUAGGUUCUAAAGACUCCUCAGUACCUUCAUUUUCUUGGAUAACUUCAGCAUCAUAUUCAUUUCAUUAUUAGAAGACUUAUUCUUUUCAUAUGUGUGAAGAUUACCUUGUGAUGGUAACCAUAAUCUUCAUUGGCAUUUUAGGUGUUUCUCGGUUCUUGAUAUACUGGUUAGUGCCUUUUUGUGCGUUUUGACUCAAGAUUACUCAUGAUGUAUUGAUUUCUUCACUCUUCUGAAAUCUUGCUUAAGAGUUUUGAAGAUGAGGGAAGGCCCAUGGCAAAGUCAUAUUUGGUUGAUUAUAAAAUUUCUUUCAACAUGUGUUGAUCAUAUCCGUGUGUAUUUUGGUUGAUUGAUUAAAGGUGUUUAACUUUGUGGUUAUUAAUUGACAGUCUGGUAUAAACAUUGAAGUUCAGAACUAGAAUUCUAACUGGGGAAACAAAUCACUCUCUUUCGUCCCUUGACUCUUGUCCCCCUAGAGUAGAAGAGAAUGCUUGUUAGCGUACAAGAAAUACUGGUGAUAUGGUCUCUUUACUUCGUAACAGCAAAGAGCGUACACAUAGCUGAAGUUGAUUUGGGUUGAGAAAUGAAAGUAACUCAUAAAAAUGCAGGUCGCUGUGGGUAGAGAUUCAGCCAUGAUCAGGGUACUCCAUAGCCUCUAAAUCUCUUCCAUGCUCUAUACUCACUGGUUUACUUCUCCCUAUCAACUCUAGUGCACUGGUUUCUGUUCUUUGAGGGGCCAAUCAAGCAGGGGGUAGCUUCAGGGUGUUGGGCUGGAGGUUCUUGGGAACCCAAUAACUUGUGCGCUGAUCCUGUUUUAGUAUUAAGAAAUCCAGCAAGUUUAUAAGAAUUACGAGUUGGGAACUCAUAAACGAAGUGUAUAAUUGAUCUAUUGGCA